AGGUGUCACCCUAAAAUAAUUCCGGCCUUGUCCUCCUUGGGUGAAGGUUCAUUGCGGUGACUCUUUCUCCACGUUUGCUGUCUAAACCUUUCAGCCACGAUGUCUGGACGCGUCCUCGUUGGAGUCAAGCGUGUCAUUGACUACGCCGUUAAGAUUCGUGUAAAGCCGGACAACAGUGGCAUUGUGACGGAUGGUGUUAAGCACUCAAUGAACCCCUUCUGUGAGAUCGCCAUCGAGGAGGCGGUCAAGCUCAAGGAGAAGAAGCUUAUUAAGGAGGUUGUGGCUGUCAGCUGUGGGCCACAGCAAUCACAGGAGACCAUCCGUACUGCCCUUGCCAUGGGAGCAGACCGUGGCAUUCACGUGGAAGUGACUGGAAAAGACUAUGAAGCCUUGGGACCCCUGCAGGUUUCCAAGAUCAUGGCUGCUUUGGCCAAGAAAGAGGACGCCCAACUCAUCAUUCUUGGGAAACAGGCCAUCGAUGAUGACUGCAAUCAAACUGGACAGAUGACAGCAGCCCUACUGGACUGGCCUCAGGGUACUUUCGCAUCAGAGGUGGCACUGGAAGGAGACAAGGUUAAAGUGGUGAGAGAAAUUGACGGUGGCCUAGAAACUAUUAAGAUCAACACACCCGCAGUGGUUACCGCAGACCUUCGACUCAACACCCCCAGAUAUGCCACCCUGCCUAAUAUCAUGAAAGCCAAGAAGAAGAAGAUAGCUAACGUGAAGCCUGCAGACUUAGGGGUGGACCUCACAUCACGGUUGGAGGUGUUGAGAGUGGACGAGCCCCCACAGAGACAGGCAGGGGUGAAGGUGGAGACGGUGGAGGACCUGGUGGGCAAACUGAAGGAGGCAGGGACGAUAUAGAAGCUUCAGGAGCAAGGAGGGGAGCGCAGAACUAUGCAGACGGGACUCUGUAAUGAAUAACUGGACUGUGUUACAUAAGUGCACCCAGAGGACUAGCUUAUGUGUCGGCCUAAUCCCUCUGCUUGAGACUGUGACUCCUGAGGACAUGGGAAGGAGGAGGAGUGCUGAGAAACACUGUCCUGCAGCAGACCCAGACGACCCCAAAUUCCUCAUCUUUUCUUUUAUGUGCAGUUUGACUCUGUGUGGUUCAUCUUUAUCACAGGCUACUAAUAGAAGAGAGUAGCCUUUAUGCAAUAAUUGAAACCCAGAAACCUUCCUGUCAUUCAUGCUUCACCCAACAACAGUAGCUUGGCUCAGCUGGUUAAUCUUUAAUAUCUGUAGUAACACAUGUUAAGUGGUGCAGUUUUUGUAAAUGAUUUAUGUAAAUAUGGACCUAAACAUGUUGAUUAUGUCCUCCAAGAUGUCAAGUCUACUGGUAAUCUGUAUAGUCUGCAGUUGUAACUGGGUUUCAGGACUGUGUCGAUGGUGUCUCUCAGUAUGAGCGAGGGUAGAUGACCAUGAACCUGAAUUUUACCGCAAGCGCCUCAAUUCUCUGAUUGUACAGAACAUUACCAUGACAAUAAAGCAGCCAGUCUUUUUCAUAUCUAAA